AUUCAUGUGAAGGAUUGCAACAGGAAUCUGUCAAAGGAAUGGUUUCGGGUAUAACGAAUGCUUUGCUUCGGAAUGAAAAAGUUGACUGUGCCGAUAUUAAAAUAGAGUUGCGCCUCAAAAAUGUGAAAAACAAAGUUAAUUCGGGGCGCCCUGUUCGAUUUGUUGCUUACGUGAGUCUCUUUUUCAUUAAGCUGCAUUUGCAGAUUAACCUCUUUUUCCCUCAAAAGUCUGAGAGUGAUUUUCGCUUUGUGUAAAA